UCAGCAAUUCUCCUGGUUGUUUCCAAAGUGCGUCUUAUAUUCUGAAGUGUGUUUUCGGCGCUGCACUGAUCACUCAUCUCUUCCAUUUACAUGGCUGCUUCUCUCAAAAACCUUCUCACACGACACCGUUUCAAUUCCAAAACCCUAAAUUCCCCCAUAUUCAAUUUCACACUCAGACCCAUUUCAUCCUCACCCCAACAAACCAAAAAGCCUCUCAGCACUCUCUUCUCCGAACUAAUGUCAGGUAAAACCACAACAAUCGACGAAGAAGAAGAAGAAUCCGGUGUCGGCGAUGUCGAGCUGAAGAAGAAACUAAAUCAAUUAACAGAACAAGUUAAAAACUCUAAGCAGAAAAAAUCAAAAGGGGUUAUUCCAAAGAAAGUUGAAAUUGAAAAGAGGAGUUUAUAUUCUGCUUUUACAAAUCAACCACUUCCUGAUGGUGUAAUCAGUGAGAAAAAGGUGGUAGAGAAGAAGCAGAAGAUGAGAGAACGAUUUGUUGUUGAGGAGCUUUCAGUUGAAACGGUGAUGUUUUUGUAUCAUUUGUAUCAAAAUGGGUAUUUUGAAGAUGCUAAAUUUGGUUAUGUUUAUGGAAGAUUUAACAUUGGUUGGUUUGAGACUCCUUAUGCUUUGGGUUAUGUUAAGUUUGCUGCAAAGAAAUUUGCCAAUGAUAAUCUUGAAAUAGCUAAAUGGCUAUCAGGAAGUGCAUUGAAACAAAUGUUGGUGUUUGGUUGCCCCUCUAUCAGCAGGAAUGAUGUCUUCCCUGCGAAAAGACUGCGGAAAUUUUUUGAGGUUCCAGAAAAUACUGUUUGCAGUAAAUGCAUGCUGCGAGAAUCAUGCAAAUUUGUGAAUCAGAAUGUCUGGAAAUGUGAUACAAAUAAAUUGGAUUUGGAGAUAGCUGUGAAGGUUGUUAUUUCAUAUGCUUUACACUUGGUGCAUCCUCAGCUGGUAGUGUCUGAUGAAGUCAAAAAAUCAGUCGAUCAUUUACUGAAUGAGUUUGUGAAACUAAGUCAAAUCACCUGAGUGAGACUGCUUCUAGUAACAAUAACUUGUUUUGUUUUAACAUUUUCUCGCGUAUCCUCAGGAAACUGACACAGUUAUCGUAUGAUAUUGAUUUCUGGCCAUAAAUAAUUUCACCAAGCUAUUGUUUGCAAA